ACUCUACAGUCCACAUUAAAUUUGUCUGUUUCUUUCAGAUCAAAGUGGACUUCAUGAAGCUGCUGGAGAACGGCAUCCUAGCUGGCUGUAAAGAAGACAGGGUCAAAAUUGGACUAUUUUAACAUUGUGGAUUUGCUGCGUGCUGAUAAUCCACAUGACAACCCGAUGUUUUAAAGCGACCUACUGAUGUUCCUCGCAACAUGCUGAGGGGCCUCUUCCUGUUUGUUUUCCCUUUGUGUCGAGCACAGUGUGAAUCCUGCGUGCCGCCUUCAAUAUUUUCAGAGUCUGUGUGAAAUGUAUGGCGCUGUUUGUUCGCUCUUGUAGUCCAGCGCAAUCUGCCAGUGGUGAUGGAUUGAAUAAACGGACUCAGAAUGAAACCCACAUCCUUCUGUUUGUUUACUCUGACCUUGGGAAGUCCCUCCCACUGAGAAUGUGAGGUCAUGAGUUUACUUGCCUACCAGGAAGUCCCAUGUAUCAUAGCAUCCUUUUGAUAAAGCAUCGCAGAACAACACGGAAGGGCCCAGAACCAGCAUAUUAUGUACGUAUUAUAUCAGAAUAAAUACAUAACUAUCUCUACGGUAUCGUUUUGAUUUGAACAAACAAAAACCUGUAUGUUGUGGGAAGCAAACAGAGAAGAACAAACCACAGUCGUCCAAAAAAGUGGAAGUAACAGAAAACAGAAAGAGGUAGUUAAGCAAAGGAUUGUGGUUAAUAAGUAACAGGCCACAACGGUCUCCCCCACCCUGCAAAGCCUGCUGGGAAAAUCUCUUGGCAAGCAGAGCGGUGCGAGUGUGUGUGUGUAAAGGGUGAUAUCGCUGACAUUAAAAAAACAGGAAGAGAAGAUAGCACAGCGCCUCGUCGAACGCUUUUCUUGAAUCUUCAGCCGUCCACCGAGUUCCUCUUCUGUCCCCGGCCGAAGGUCCCUCUCAUGGGGAAGGACAAAACCAAGUCUGGGCCCUUGGCUCAGAGGCCCGACAACUCAGCCUUCAAGCAGCAGCGGCUCCCUGCCUGGUCUCCAAUGCUAACAGCUAAUACUGUACUGCCUUUCUUUUACUUUAUGACUUUGAUAUGUUUGCUGCUGGGAGUGUGGCUGCUUCUCACUGUGCAAAGCACUCAGGAAUUAAAGCUGGACUACACAGACGCCGGGGACUGCAAAGUGUGUUAUGAAACGCGUCUAAAUGCGAGCAACGCAGCUCAAGCCUGCAGCUGUACGAAAGAGUUUCAACUUAAAAAAACAUUUAAGGGAGAUGUCUUUUUCUACUAUGGCCUCCGAAACUUUCAUCAGAACCUCCGCAGGUACAUGGACUCCAGAGAUGAUGCACAGAUGGUCGGCAGGAAGAAAAGUUUAAAGACCCCCUCUUCAUAUUGCCAGCCGUUUGCAAAUGAUCCAGAUGGACGCCCUAUUGCUCCCUGCGGCGCUGUAGCCAACAGUAUCUUCAAUGACUCCUUCACUCUGACCUACCAUGGCUCCAGUGGUUCUACAAUUCCGGUUCCUCUUCUGCGGAAAGGCAUCACCUGGUACACCGACAAAAACAUCAAGUACCGCAACCCAACCACAGAGAACUUGACACUGGCUCAGGUGUUUAAUGGCACGACGAAACCUCCGUUCUGGCAGAAGCCAGUCUAUGAUCUGGAUCUCCUCGACCCGAACAACAACGGCUUCAUCAAUGACGACCUGAUUGUGUGGAUGAGGGAGGCAGCUUUCCCCAACUUCAAGAAGCUCUACGGGGUUUUAAACCGAAUGAACAAACCCUUCACGAAUGGGCUUCCAGCAGGGAACUACACCGUCAAGAUAUCCUACAACUUUCCUGCGCAGUACUUCCGAGGCAGAAAGGAAGUGGUGCUGAGCACGCUGACCUGGUUCGGAGGUCAGAACUACUUCCUGCCCAUUGCUUACCUCGUAACCAGCGGCCUGACCCUGCUGCUCGCCAUCAUGCUCACUGUGGUCUGGUGGAAGUUUGGAAAGAACGGGAAGAACAUGGAGGAAUGAAGGGGUAAGAGGUGCUCCAGGAUGCAGAGCAGUGACAUAAUGGAAAAAAACAACAAGUCAAAAGCAGAUGAAAAGUGCUAAUCGUCAUGCUGCUUAGGAGCUGUUUUAAAGAGACAACAAAUCCUAAAUGACAACACUGAUGUGAGCAAAUGAAGGGUAAGGAGAAUGGUUAAAGAAAGAAUGUUAAUUUGGUACAAUUUCACAACAGCAUGUGCAGGAAAACCAAUGCAGAACUGAGCCCGACAUCUGGAAAAUUACUUUCCCUAUCAACUAAAUGAUCCACAUGUGUGACGGCUUUUUAUUGUGAUGAUGUUGCUCUGAACAAGCACUUGUGAAAGCUGGGUGUGUUAACGCAGGGUUUAAGCUUUCUUUACUUGAUUUUACAUUUGCAUUUUUUUGAAAAAAAAUACACACCAUUUUGUUUAUGCACUAUUAAUAUUUAUUGAUAUGAUUGUAUCACUGUAUUUAUUGUGAUUAUUUUUAAUUGUAUUAAGUCCAGUUGCAGUGGGAGUUGAGGCUGUAUUUUAUGUCUAAGUAGAUGCGAAGUGGAAAAGCUACACUUUGAUACAUGCCACAUUAAAUACAGAAGUCAGCCCCUGUAAGGCUCUUUAUUAGAUUUUAAUUACAGCACAGUUAAGGUUAGCUAUUGCAGCAAGUAUGGAUUUUAUGUCAGUGCUGUAGGUGCGUGAAAUCAUGCUUUCAUAAACCAGGACUAAGAAUUUACAGCCACAAGAGUUUUUAAAAAAAUUAUUAAGUGUCUGAUCACCAUAUUAGUUUAGCAUGUUAGCAUGCUAAUAUUUCCUGAUUUGUACUUAAGAGUACAGCAGAGGUUUGCUGAAAAUAUCAUUAGUUUUGAAGGAAUUUUGUCAUAAACCAAAGUAUUGGUUUAACUGCAGUUUUGGCAAUGGCUCCUUUCACCAGUGAGUGUUAUUAGGGGAACACCAGCAUUAUUCCAAUUUGUCCUGAGAGGAACAUGAACACAAACUUUCAUGGUAAUUCAUCCAGAAGUUGUUAUUAUCUCAUCCCAGACUACAGUGGGGACUGUUAGAGCCGUUGUUGGAGCUUUACAGUUAGCAUGGCUCAAAGUUAAACACUAUGGUAACAGUGGAUGAAGACGGAAGUGAGUUUAAUUAUCACAGAAACGAUGAUAAUGCCAAUUAAAUCAUGUUUUCCCUUUUAUGUAAGCAAGGCCAAUGAAAGUAAAGUAAAACAUGUAACUUUUGAACCAUGACCACCUCAGUUUGCUAAGCAUCGUGUCAUUUUUAAGUACGUAUAUGUCAGCCACAUGUACAGGUAGAAACUUGUAGGUAGACUUGCAACUACUGAUUAUUUUCAUGACAUCCUCACAUGUCUUGUUCUGCCCACAACCCAAAAAUAUUCAGUUUACCGUCAAAGAGAGUACUGUAAAAAAAAAGAAUUUCUAAGAAGCUGGAAUCUGAGAAUGAUUGUGUUAUUUUUUUUAAAAACAAAUCCGUUAAUCAAUUGUUGCAGCUCUACUUAUGAGUAGGUGGAUUAAAACAAUUUGUACAUACGUUUUUAUGACAGCUGAUGAUUGUAAUAAACAAUUUCUCUUUUAAAAA